AUGACAUACCACGCACAGAACGUUGCUUGCCAUCUUUUAUCUUAUUUUUCGCAGAUCGACAGGGACGAGUGCGAUUCGGUCAAAUGUUUUAAAUCAACGGCCCUUCAGUUGACCAGGACUCUCUUUAACAGAAAGCUUUACUGGGAUUACCUUUGUUUCUCCCGAGCUAGAGGCCUUUGCCGAAAGUUGCUCCCCCGGUUGAUAGAACUUGCAGCACAACAUAACCCAGUGUACAACGUUCCGAAACCAUACUAUAUGAUUAACCUGUCUGCUAUGCUCACGACGAUAGUCAGACCCCUACUGGCCCAUCGAUCCUCCUAUGAGCGUUCCGAAUUGCACUCUACCAUAGAUGCAGCCCGUCAGUUUCUCCAUUCUGAUCUGAAGAAUGUAAGAAGGGUUGUAUCCAAAUGGACCCGGAACCACCCGCAUGGGCUCUCUGCUUUUUUGGGGCACCACAUUGGAUCCUGGGAGUACGUCGUAAAACCAGUCGCCCGACCCACUGCCAGAAUAGUCAUUCCCCCAAGCAAUACGCCAACGCGAGUAUACAUCCCAACUCGUCCGAAUAGAUCAUCGACUACGUUUUCUUCCGAACGGACAGCUCGAACUGUUUCUGUACAUUCACAAGAGUCCAGGAUCGCCGACAUCAUUGAAGCUUUAGAGCUAGCCAAAUCACCAACAGGCCGCACUCGAAGUGAUUCUGAAUCUUCAGGCUCUGAUUCAAGUUAUGUGGCCACGCCGAAUAACGACAUCUUGAGUCCACGUUUUGACUAUUUUGAGGCCGAUCACGAGUAUCCUGUUUCUUUGUGA